AUGGAUGCAACUUCACGGCUAAUAAAUAACACGAGCUCGGCUCGUGGUGUUGAGCAUUCUGCCGUAAAGACGCAAACUACUAAUUUCGUAGAUCCUUCUAAUCUUAUGCAUCAAACCGUUGAGGAGGAUCCAAACAAUCUUGAUAAAACAAUGACCAUUCUUCCAAAUGGGGAAUCGGCAAAGGUAGCCAGCCCUAACGUCAAUCCAAGCCCGUCUUCUUCUCCUCUUGAACCUAUUAUUCAAGGGGCCGUUCAGUACAAAUAUUAUCGCGUUCCUGCAAGCCUCAAGGCACUUCGGCCGAAGCGCAAGGUCGCCAUUGUUUUUGGUUAUAUUGGCGAGAAAUACUGCGGAUUGCAGUGGAAUCAUCAGCCAAACUAUCCCACAAUUGAGGAGGCGCUUUUAAAAGCGAUGUUUGAGUGCGAUUUGAUAAGUUUGGAGAACUUUUCAAGUUCGAAGGUCCAGCAACUUAUCGGGUUUGAGCGGGCGAGCCGUACGGAUAAGGGCGUACAUGCCUUGCGGAAUGUGGUUUCAGCGAAUAUUACAUUGCCCUAUAACGCCGCCUAUGCUGCAGUGUGGGAGAGGGAAAAGACAGGAACGAACCCCUUAGAAAUUAAUAAUAAAAAUAAUAAUAAUAAUGGCAAUGAUUGCGUGAUAAAUCGCAAAGAUGAGGGAAGCUCUAGUAAAGCGGCAUUGUCUCUUGGCGAUUCCUCAUCACCCUCGCAGGAGGGGGUGAAUCGCAACCUGGGAACGAAGGAAGUAAACACAACAAUCGCUCUCUCCGACGAAGUGGCCAACAACGACGAUAAUGAUGAUUUAAAAUACAGCUAUGAAGAGGCGAAACGCUUACUUAACAUGGCUCUUCCGUCUGAUAUUGUAGUUUAUGAUGUGGUUCCAGUCACCCGAAGCUUUAAUGCCUAUCUUUGCUGUGGAGGGCGGUGCUAUGAGUAUUAUUUACCAACAUUCGCUCUCAUGCCGCGUGAGCUCUUCGUUUCACGAUUUUUUCCCGCAUCUCUAGCCUCUUCUUACCCUUCUGAAAAUGACGCCGAUGUCACCUUGUGUUUUCAAAAAUACGAAUCAAGAAACCUAGAAGGGACUGAAGAGGAGGAAGGAAAUAGUGAUUCGGUUUCUUACAAACGGCGAGGACACUUUCCAAUGCGAAAGGGCAAACGAAGGCGUCUUUCCGCGCUAGACAAAGAUCAGCCAUCACCAACAGAGGAUGGAAAAUGUGAAGAACCAAACGAAGACGUGACUACAGAAGCAGGCAAAGAUAAAAAGGAUUCCGAUGAACUUCUUACACCAAACGCGGCGAUCGGCGCCGAAACCAAUAAAGAAAACAACGAGCCAGGGGAAAAGGAAGUCGACGCGGCGGAUUCUUCUGCGAUGAUGGAAUCGAUGCUGCUUUUUCGUUCGAUCCCGCCUGAUAUGAUGCGCGAAGUCGCCGCGAACUAUCGUCUUUCCCACGAGCAGCUCCAACACGUGCGGGAUCUUUUCCGGGGUUAUGAAGGGACCCAUCCUUUCCACAACUUCACCCCUGGCGGCCGCCGCGGUGACCCCUCCUGCCAUCGUUUUAUUCAACAAAUCAACGUCAGCGAGCCUUUUAUCGUCCACCCGAAGGAUAAGAUCGUGGAAUCGCUGGAGACGUGGACGCCUUCGCGCUUUUUUUCCCCAGACGAGGCGAUUGCGGAGGCCUACCGCGCGCGCUGGGCGGCCGUCAAGGACGAAAAAAACGAGCGGAGGGAGCCCAAAGAGGAAAAAGAGGACAAUUUAAAUGAAAUCCAACGUGUAGAGAGGCUCCGGCGGGAGGUCUUGGAGCAUAUCUGCUCAAACUAUGGUGAGGCCGGACUGGAGGUGGUUCGCAUCGAAAUUAUCGGGCAGAGUUUUAUGCUCAACCAAAUCCGAAAGAUGAUCGGUGCGGUGAUCGCGAUGCUCGCGGCGGGUCUUCCGGCCUCCUUUUUAGAAGAAAAACUCCUUCAAAAGCAUGCGACGCGACGCUAUGGGAUCCCGAUGGCCCCCGCGAAUGGGCUGCUUUUAUCUUCGCUGGAGUUCAACCGCUAUAAUUAUCGCCUCGAGCGAAUUCAAAAAGACGGGGGGAACGCGAAGGACAAGCGAUGUUUGGAGGUUGAAAAGGUCCCGGCGGAGGAAGUUUCCCAACAGCGCGAGCGGACGAUGGCGGUGAUGCUGCGAAAUGAAAUGGCAAACGAUAUUAUGGGAAAGUGGAUGCGCUCCCUGCGCUGUGUAUUGCGCAUAGUGUGGGGGAUCGAGAUGCCGUAA